AUGGCUCCUGAGGACACUUGCUACCAACGAAUUUUCUGGAGGGAACAACCUACGCAUCCACUUCGAAUUUUGAAAUUGAAUACGGUAACGUAUGGAACCGCAUCCGCCCCGUAUCAAGCCACUCGAUGCCUGAAUCUGCUUGCCGAAGAAGAAUCGCCUGAUUUUCCGAUCGCCGCUCGCAUUCUUAAGGAGGACUGUUAUAUGGACGACAUAUUGUCUGGUGCUGACACCAUUGAAGAAGCUAUCGAAUAUCAACGUCAGUUAAAGGAAUUGCUUGGCAGAGGUUGCUUUCCCAUACAUAAAUGGUGUUCGAAUUCCGUCGAGUUUUUGGAACACAUACCGUCCGAGGACCGUGAAAAACAUCUAACGCUCCAAGAAUAUGGCGCUAAUGAGGCCAUCAAGGUUUUGGGACUAUUAUGGGAUCCAACCCAUGAUAUGUUCCUAAUCGCCCACCAGCAUCGACCAGUAUUGGCUCAAAUUGAAAGGCAACUUUGGAAGACAAACGCAGGAUGGGAUGACAUCGUAGAGGAGCAGUUUCAGCGAACGUGUUUUACUAUGCAAGAAGCCUUGCCACAGUUGAACCUCAUCAAGGUGCCACGGUGUAUUACGUUUCCAGAUGCCAUUGGAUACGAGAUACAUGGUUUCGCCGAUGCCUCAACCGUAGCGUACGGUGCAUGCAUCUACCUGCGCAGCAUGUUUACCGACGGCUCGGCAAGGUUAAGACUUAUCAGCAGUAAAUCCAAGGUUGCGCCACUACACGAACUCACCAUCCCAAGAAUGGAACUGUGUGCCGCUCAAUUAUUGACGCGUCUGCUAGAUAAAGUAAUCCCAGCCACUCAGAUGACAUUUCAAGAAGUAGUGCUUUGGUCCGAUAAUACAAUCGUUUUAGCAUGGAUGAAGAAGCCUCUCGAUCGUCUACAAGUAUUCGUAAGAAACCGUAUAGCUGAGAUCCAGAAAAGCACUAAUGGGUAUAAGUGGUGUGAUGUCGCUUACCCCUACGUUGUGCUUUCCCUUUUGCGAUAUGACCAAAACUUCUCCGAAGGGACGAAGGUAACUAUAGGUUCACGCACCCUACUGGCUGCAACUCGAUCACCUGUUGCAGGUAGCGCAAAUCACCGCACCGUCAGGCAGCAACAGGUCAGCAAAGUCUUCCACUAA